AUGAGCCGCCGUAUAUUUUCCCAAGUACAAGAGAAGGAAGAUAACGACAAUGACUAUGGGUCACGAGCUGCAUUGCCCAUCUCCAAGACGAAAGCCGAUUUGGUCAAUGGCCAACCAGUAUCAGGGGAAGACUACUUGCUCUUAGUACGACAGCAGUCGAAAAAAUGUGCCCAAACAGUAACAGCACCACCACCCAAAGAAAAAGCCAAGUUAUCACUACCACCUCAGUUCCGGUUCUUUGAAUCCGAGAGUAAUGACACGUGCCUUGUCCUCCCUGACUCAGAGUGGCAAGAAGGAUUUGUCACCUAUUUCAAAUCAUAUCAAGAGUAUGCCCAAUCCACCAAGGAUCAAGUGAAAACCAACCAAGUUGCUCCCACUCAAAAAGCUGCAUGGCAUACCUUUUGUUACAGCAAAACGCCAUCGAUUGAAAAGUUAAAUGUCGUUGCAAGUCUAUCACAGCCUGUUAUCAUUGCAGUGCUUCGAUAUUAUACAGAAUGGCUAGAGGAUAUGUCCGAGGGCGAAUGCUUAUGGAUCUACACCUUGUUGUUAUAUCUUGAUCCAGUCAUGACAGCUGAACACACUUCUAUCCUGCGAGACAUAUCAAGGAAAUGCAUCAAACUCAGAAGCGACAAGCAAGAACAUGAUGAACAAGUCUUUCGACUCAACAUGAUAAUCACCAUCAUUGGCAAGGUCUUUUCUCAGGCGGAUCUUUUAUAG